UCCUCUGGCUCCUCUCUCUCCUUCCUGUUCCGCGCUCUGCGACAUGCAGAGCGUUGACGUCCCACUCGCAAUCUCGCAGAGCGUUGACGUCCCACUCGCAAUCUCCCCUCCUCCAGAUCCAAGCUGCCUUCAAACCCAAACAAAACCGCACUAAACGAUCGAAAGCAAGGGCACGGAUCGCUGUCCGCACCAACGCCGAAGCCAACCCCUCACCUCGCCGCUCCAUUCCCUGACUUGAUCGAGUCUUGACCACUUGGCCGCCCGCCCGGCCAAGAAACCGAGAGCCAGGCACGCCGCGAUGAGCGCCGGCGGCUCGCCGCCCGUGGGGCUGACACCGGCCGACGGAAACUCCGUCGGCGUGUUCAGCUCCGACCGCAUCGGCGGGUUCGGCUACGGCGUCGGCGUCUCCGUCGGCAUCCUCCUCCUCAUCACCACCAUCACGCUCGCCUCCUACUUCUGCACACGUGCGCCCGUCACGGAAGCCGACGUGGGGGAGCCUCCAUCACGGCGCCACGGCGGCCGAGGCGGCGACGGCGGCGAUGGAGACGGGAUGAACGACGUCGAGCUCGGCAUCGACGAGACCACGCUGAAAGGGUACCCGGAGGUGGUGUACGGCGAGGCCAGGAGGGAGGCGAAGGCCAAGAAGGGCACCACGUGCACGUGCUGCUCCAUAUGCCUGGACAACUACGGCGACGGCGACGUGCUCCGGAUGCUGCCGGAGUGCGGCCACCUGUUCCACCGGGAGUGCGUCGACCCGUGGCUCCGGCACCACCCGACGUGCCCGGUGUGCCGGACGUCGCCGAUGCCGAGCCCCAUGCCGACGCCGCUCGCCGAGAUCACGCCGCUGACAAUGGCGAGGCUGUCUUGACAAUAGGCGCGGACCAGGUCUUGCUUGUUUUUUUUUUUUUCCCCUUCUUGAAUUUCUUUUCUUUUCCUUACUGCUAUACCACCAAAAUGUGAGGUGGAAUCUGGGUACGUAUUCUUUGGAGAAUGGAAUGGAUCGAAUGUUCAGUGUAGGAUUUAGAAAUGCCUUUUCUUCGGUGUAAAUUGGGUUCAGAUUAGUCUUCUUCUUGAUGUAAAACAUAGUUUGGAUUAAGAUUCUGUAUGCAUGGAUUACAAAUGGUUGAUGAAUCUUCCAAAGAUAAGCUGACAGGGUUUUUUGAAUCUU